ACUAUUAUGCCCUUUGCUGCAAGCUCUAUAUUAAAUCUGCGCCGUGGGCUAAGAAAGAGAAACUUUGCAAGUACUCAUCCUUACCUAGCAGAUCAAGCGCAUUGGCUUGAUCUUGCAAGCAUUAACUAUUUGAAUGAUAUCUACGAGGAAAACCGAAACUUAGAGUCUAUGCUUAAGUUUUUAAAUCAGCAGUAUCUCAGAAAAAAGUCCAGAUAUCCAGAUGAAGAUAGGUAUAAAUCUAAAAGUUUCUAUAAAUUCUUGGGAAGAACUAAUCCAAAUGUCCACAUUGGAUCGCUCUCACAGAACGACCCUGAAGUACCAGAUUUGGCCACAACAAGAAAUGGCGAGCGAACAGAAAGUGAUAUAGAAGAAUUGCAACUGGUGGACUACGAAUCUGAUGAUUCCAUCGCUAAUAUUCGACAUAGGAGUGUUUAUAUAGAUGACUCGGAUGAAAAUGAUUCAAGCCACAGACGAGAUAGUGAAUCUUCUGAAAUAUCUCAAAAGGAAAGGGAAGAUGAAGAUGGUGCAAUGGUCCAUGUUGGAGGACGUGUUAGGAGAGGAAAGAAUAUCCUUCAUGGUGUUUUACCGGAAUCUGCAAAGAGGCUUUCAAUUUGGAAGGGAAAAAAACUUACAACGAAAACAAAGAGAGUUGGAGCAACUGAUUUGAGAAAAGGGUUGGCCAUAAAGAAGAAAGGAUCCUCUAUAUCGAAGACGAAUUUUAUCAAUGAAAUGAAUUUAUAUGAUGAACUAUUUCAGGAAAAAGACUCCGAUGAAGUAAACAUGCAAGAAAUUGGGGAACACUAUCUCACAUUCAAUAAUGACGACCUCAACAAAUAUAUGAACGAAGCUUUGAAUGAAAGUCAUGCUUUUGAUUUUAGAUACAAUUCCUAUAUGUUUUCUGAAUCGGAAAGCGAUGAAGAGGAAAAUGAGCCAACAAUUUUAUUUGCAAAUAAAGGGCAUCUUGAUAGUUCAGAAGAACCAGAAAUUAGUCAUGAUAUCAGCUUAUCGGAUAUAGAUAUGUUUGAUGGUGCCGCUUUCCCCAAUAAAGUGGGUUCAGCACCUCAGAAGAGAAUCAGCGAUUAUUUGAAAGAUGAAAGUGAAAUAAAUCCCGAUAUUGUUAAGCAGCCCAAAAGAGCUUCCACUUUUAGAGGGGUACCUUGGAACAAACAGCAGAAUUCUCGUGGAACUGAUCCUGUAUUAAAAAGAAAGUAUCAAAAGUUUGGAGUGAAACGGUUGAGAAGGAAGGAAUUUAAUGCACCCUCAAGAAAGUUGCACGAGAAGCCAACUAAAGCCAAAGAACAGGAGGAAGCCAAAGGAAGUUCAACAAAGACCAAAAAUUCCCAAAGUGAGGUAUAUCAACCUCCUAUUUCAAACUACUACUACAAAAAAUCUCCUGCUACCUUCACCACUUCAAUAGAAGUUGAAAGUACCAAAAAGUUCAUCAAGACUAGUAGAUUCGAUCAGAUACACCAAAGAGAUUUCCAAUUUAAUCGAAGAAAAGAGCGGUUAGUUGACAUUGACAUAUCCAAACUACAUUUGUUGAGCCAAGAUUAUAUUUCCUUUGGAAGUGCUAGACCAUUGACUGUAAACCUUGGAGAUAGGGGAUUUACACUCAGUUUGGUGACAAAAUUAAAUUCUAUUAAUGAAGCUGUUCAGCUUUUGCAGUCGAUUUCUAGAAGACUAAAUGGUACGAUUGUUGACUUGUCAGGGAUUGCAGGGGCUCUUCGAACCUUGUUAAAUUGGUAUGUCACAUUGCAAGAAAUUCCCAAUGAAGUUGAAUGGAAGUACCUCAGGUACAUUGUGAAAAGAUCUGCUCGAAGAGAUCCAAAAGAAGUUUCUGAACUUCUUCCCUCUACUCUAUGCAUUUUUUACACUUUUUUGAAUUUGACUGAAAAGUAUAAUGGUAGCAGCAAGGUACUAUUUGAUGAAUUCAAAGACUACUGUGGGUUCUUUUGGUGGUUGGUUUAUGAGAAAUUACACGAGAAUACAGAAUUUGGAACUUUUAAUGAAGCUGACAUGUAUUAUAGUUUUAUCCUUGAGUUGUUAUCUUCUAACAUGGAGUUGUUUUGGUCAACAGUGAUAAACAGUGUUGAAAAAGUUAACGAACAAAGAACUGGUAUGUGUUUGGAGGGUAUGUUUUACUUAUGCAACAAGAUUUCACCCAAGAAUUAUAACUGGGAAUGCCUUUACAAAUUGUAUGACACUUUCAACGAACAGAUUCCAAGUACACUAUACAAAGAAUUCAUUGACAUAUGUUUCCUUUUGAAUCAGCGGAGAUCUUGGCCUCUAGAAGAAAAGCUUAUAAUGCUUUUGUAUUCUACCGUCACGAAAAGAAAAUUCUUCAACUUUGAAGACGAGAGCUUGGAUGCAGCCCCAAUUUCGAAGAUCUCUACUAUCAAUGAUAUACCGAACUCUUCCUUUUUUGAGUGCUUUAUCCAGUUUUUUUACUACUACGUCUCAGCUUUGUCUGCCGAUUCCUCAACCAAAAGGCUUUCAACGAAGUUGUUAACGUCCAGCCAUUUUAGCUAUGGAAAAGGAAAGAAACACCAGGUGGCUUUCAUCAAUAGGUUUAACUUCAUUAUAAUAUUAAGCCAAGUUUCAAGUCUAAAUCAGAACAAUCUGGUCACCGAUUUGAUAAAGCUGAUUCAAGAAUCUAAAGACCUUGAUAUCUACCUGUUGGCCAUCAGAAAUCUCAAGACAUAUACUGAAAUUGUGAUUUCAAAAGAUCAGACUGCACCGAUAGAGUCUUUUAGUUUGUUGCUUGUUAAUACUUCUCUGCUAUAUCUGUCGGUCCCUGGAAUAUCCAAGAUAUUGAUACAGUUGUCGGUCUGUAUGAAACAGUCUUUCUGCCUUGACAAGCCACUGUCAUCAUUAAAUGCUCUGAACUCAUUGCAGUUCUUUAACGUGAUGAGAGGAAUAGAAUUGAAAGAUUUUCAUGAUGACAUAGCAAUUAGAGUUAUUGAAUUGUUGAAAGUUGCAGCACAUAGUCUAAUUCUUGAAAGAGAAACCUUGAUUCAGAAGUCAGAACUAGCAAAAAGCCUUGUUGAGAAGAUUCGUUCGUAUAUCAGCCGAAUUAUGGGAGGCUUCCCAAUGAAGACCAGAGUUAGGGAACAGAAAUUGACUCUCCUCAUUGAGGAUUGUUUACAGCUUUGGAUAUCAAUUUCUGCCAUUGUCGAUCCGAACUGGAACAAGAUAAUUUUCCAAGAAUUCCUCUAUAUGGGUAAUUCUUACCUGAGAGAUUUGUUCUCUUUGGAACUAUUUUGCAACAUUUUGAAUUACAAUGAUAUACCGCAGCACUUGGAGGUUGUGCUACAAACCCUUAUUAAGCUGUUGGCAAAGCUUCAACCCCCAAAGUACGCUACGAGUAUCAUAAAUGCAUUGAGGAGGCUUUCCUUGCCCAUCCUCGAAUUCAAAAAUAUUCAUUUGAACAGGAGGUUGACACCAAUUGAGCUCAAUACCAAUAAGUCUCAAAUCGUUUUAUCUGUGUUGUCCAAUUUAGUGGAAGGAGCAAUGCUGAGGCAAAGUAAGGUUAACUUGAUCUGUUCAUUCAUGGAUGCUUUGAAUGAAGAAUAUGAUAGGUAUUUCAAAUCAUCAAAGUUUGUUGAAUUCUGCAAGCGAAACGUUGAAUUUCUUCAGGUUCAUGCAACUGAACUUGUAGGAACUCUCUCCAUAUAUCAAGAGUUGGCUAAUAAGUUGGAUGUAACCCCCAUUUCAGCUAAUCAAAUAAAAUGGAAGGGUUUGCCAUUAGUCAAAAAACUAGUUGUAUUGCAUAAGGAAUUUAUUUCCAGUAUAGUGUACCAAAAGGAUGUUUUUGCAACAUUGAACCAGUACACAGAAACCGGCAUUUGGAACUCACUAUUUCAUCUAGUCAGUAUCUACAUGAAGGCAAUUACCAUAAAUCAAUUGGAAUACUGGUUAUGUAUUUCCAUUUUGUUGGAUUUUUUGUCUCUAAAACUAGACUCGUUCGAGAUAGAUGUCACUAGUAGAGAGUUUGCGAGAUUCGUCCUUCUGCUCGAAGACAUGACUUCGCUAUGCUAUUCUCAUUGGGGUAGUCGAUUUGCCAACGUGUUAAGAAACUAUCAAUUGAAAGCACUUUGUCAGACUUACAGUAUUUUGGGCAAGGCCUAUUUAAUAUUUGAUGGUUACAAAGAUCACCAAUUCAUCAAAAAAGCAAUAGAGAAACUGUUGCUUGAUUACGCUUUACCCAGUGCACAGAAAAUGCCUGUCCUUGACAAAGCAUAUUCUUCCUUUUUGUUUCUGGACAUUUCGAACAAUUCAAAAGACUUGCUUCUUCCAAUGGAACAGCAUCUUUUGAAACCUGAUCAUGAAAGGUACGACCCUCAAGAAUAUGCCGGUCAUUUAAGGGUUUUGGCUGCUGACAAUGCUUUGUCAGAAACUCUCUACUUUGAUUUUUCAUUUCAAUAAAGAAAUGAAGAGCAUGAAGAACUGAGAAUCGAUUAUUUAACUAAUAGUAUACUUAAUUAUUAUUCUAAUCCCUUUUGACUUCUGAUCAACUGGAUUUCAGCUUCCAACUUAUCGCGACCCUUCUUCACCUCCAAAAGAGCUACUACGGCCCUUAAUAAUUCAUCAUAUUUUGCCAUUGCUUUCCUCGUCGGCAUAACGGGCCUCCAAGAGGUACCUCCAGCAGUAGGUAUAUCAAGCUCAGUAAAGACACUAGUAACUGAUUUAAGAACAGAUUGUCUUUGCUGUAAGCCAGGUAGUCUUUGUGAAGAUCGAAGUAUGACGCCAGGAGUUAACCUUUCGUUAGCAUGAUAGUGAAGACCGUAGGCUUCUUCUUCUUUUGCAGUAAGUCGCUUCAUGAGCAAUUUAUGGAUAGCAGAAAUUUCGUUCUUGUUACCUUGGCUUUGGUUUUGUUUAACAAGAUUCGAUAAGUGCUGUUGCAAAUGUGUCUGGAAUGUACGCUCUUUCCGAAUUGAGGAAGAGGCAGCAAGCGGUAUGGGAGGUGGAAUAGGAUCAUGACUCGGAGAAGAUUGAUUUUGUAAUUGGCGCCUUUUCUGAUUUUUGUCCAUAAUCAUCAAGUUAUUAUAGAGGUUAGUCAAGCCUUGAGAAGACUGAUAUUGUUGGACAGACU